UCCUUCCGUUUUAAUAGUAUUUUUUUGGUUAUUUCCUCGAAGAGAGUACGCGCAUUGUAACUAAAGGAAUUUCAAUUAUUUAUACCACUCUCGUGGUGGGUAUUUCUUGCUCUCCCUCUCUUGCCAACCAUUCUCUCAUCUCUCAGUGGUCGUUGUAUAGUUUUGCAAUACAGGUUAAUCGUAAAUUAGCCUUUCGUGUGCAUUGUAACCAACCAUCGCGACUUCGUGUGUCGGAGAGCUUUGUACGAAAGUGCGUGAGUAAGAAACGUUAGUUUUCAAGUGAUGUUAAACGAGUUAACAUGUGUUUUGCGUAGAAACCGGUCAUCGGUAAUGAGAAGGUUCAAUUGAUUGUUUAAAUAUUUAAUAACAAAUUGUAAAAAAGGGAAAUUAAGAAAAAAAAAAAAUAUAUUAAGUGAGUGAGUGAAAUUGUUGAAAUUAAAUUGGAAAAUUUGUGAAAAAAUAUUUACGAUUGCAAAAAUUUUGUUCAAAACACUCACUGCCCCUCAUACUCUCCGCUCCGUUCCGGUUUUUAUGUGUGAUUAUCUCAUUCAAGGAUAUCGGUAAUCGGUAAAGCGUUUGUGUGUGUGUGUGGGUUGUCGGUCAUUCCCAUUAAACCAAUCAAAAUAAAACAAUAGUUCUGUGACAAUAACCGGAGUCAAACAAUAACGAUUAUCAUCCUUUGCACAAAAAUAAUUGGACACCACAUUGUCCAUGUUUUGGGGUUUUGUUUCACAAUAACCUGCUCUGUGAGCAUUUAAAGGGCCAUUAAGUUCUGCUGGUGCGGUGUCAGUGUCAUAAAGAACCAAACAAAUAAAAGUGAAUUCAUAAAAAAGAGUGCUACUUCAAAAAAAAUACGAAAAUAGUAAAUUCAUACUUCAAGUGUGUGGGGUGUAAACGCCAUCGAAUUUUCGCAGUAAUAAAAUCGUGGUGCAGUGAUGAUCUAAGAGCCCCAAAAGUAAAGGAAACAAUUCACAACAUUCAACUUUGGUCCAUUGUAUUAUUCAUUCAUUCCCCGUUGCUUCAACUUACUCCCCCCCUUUUGGUCUACUAUUGGUGUUACUGCAUACAAAGGAUUAUCUCAUGUUUAUUUAAGGAUAUAACAACGACAACAGGCAACAACAAUUGCUAAAUUCAUGCUAAUGUCCAAUUCAAGACAUGUUACCAGGACAACAAUGCUGCAAUCAAAUAUGGCCUCAAAACAUCAAAUACCACCCAGUUUUAAUCACAGCUCAAUGUCAGCGACAAAAAUAAAACGUUGCAAAUACUUUCACUGGAUUAACAGAAUCAAUCGCGUUUCAACAGCUUCCCUAUGGACGAUAGUUUUAGUGUUAAUUGUCUGCCUUUCAACGACAGUCCAGGCAGCGAAAAUACUCAAUGCCAGUGAAGCCUUUGACAAUACCUGGAGUACGGCCACCGAUUUGGAAAAUGAGCUGGAGUGUGUCUCGUCACAGCAGAAACGUUCGGUAAAAGGCAGCAGUUCCAGUUCCAGUAGUGGCGGCAGCAAUAGUGGUUCUGGAAACUCUGGCGGCUCUGGUGGUUGGACCACCUGGUCCGAAUGGUCGACCUGCUCACGAACAUGUGAUGGCGGUGUUAUGCAACAAAUACGCCGCUGUCAAAACGCCAAUGGCUGUAAGGGUGACAGCGUGCGUUAUCGCAUUUGUAAUAUGCAGCCGUGUCCGGAGAAAAUUGAUUUCAGAGCGCAACAGUGUGCGGCCAAUAAUGAUGUGCCCUAUGAUGGAACUCUAUAUAAAUGGACACCGCAUUAUGAUUAUGUGGAGCCGUGUGCCCUGACGUGCAGGGGUCGACCUGCCCACUUGGCUGACGAUGAAUCGCCGGAACCCACCGCAGAUGACAGUGAACACUAUGAUGAAUUGAGUGUGGUGGUGCAAUUGAGUCCACGUGUCCUGGAUGGGACACGUUGUCGGUCGGGUAGCCUCGAUAUGUGUAUUCAGGGCAAAUGUCAGCGCGUUGGCUGUGAUUUAAAAAUUGGCUCAGCCAAGAAGGUUGACAUUUGCGGGGUUUGCGGUGGCAAUGGCAGCUCAUGUUCCCAGUCGCUCUAUCAGUGGGAAACGGUACCGAUGUCCCUGUGUUCCGUGUCAUGCGGCGGAGGCUAUAAGAUGUCUCGUGUUGUGUGUCGCAGUCGAGUCUCUGGCACCGAGGUGGAGGAUGCCCUGUGCAAUGCAGCUAAUCGCCCUGAACCAUCUGUGGAACUGUGUAACACCCAUACCUGUCCGCCCAGAUGGAUAGCGGACGAUUGGAGUCCUUGUCACCGUCCCUGUGGUCCAGGAAUACGCACCCGUAUGGUUGUGUGUGCCGAGGAGAACAAUGGCCUAAAGACAAGAGUUGCCGACUCGCUGUGCCCUUUGCCCAAACCACCAACUCAAGAGCAGUGCAUUAUAGCCGAAUGUCCAAAGUGGGAAGUUGAAAAGUGGUCUAGCUGUUCCGAGUCCUGCGGCCAAGGCAUACAGAUGCGUAAUGUCGAAUGUAAAUCAGCCGAUGGCGGUUUGAGCGCCAAAUGUGAUCCUCUGACAAAGCCCUCCAGCGUUCAGCAGUGUACCACGGGCAUUUCGUGUGAGUCCGCGCCGGGGAAUGUGGGUGGCGGCACAAUAAUUGUGGGUAGCAGUGGUCCUCGGGAUCCCUUAAAUGUGGACGAGGAGGAUGAAGAUAUAGUCGACGAAGAUGAGGAUGAAGAAGAUGACACCUCUGAAAUGGAAGAUGAUGGUGAUGAUGCUUCCUACAAUGAUCAACCGGUCUAUGCCCAUCACACCAUGAGUCGUCUGCAUCAGGAGGAACCGGACGGGCCACGUAUGAUGCGUUUACAGUCAUCGUCGCGUUAUCGUUCGGCCGAGGCAAGACCAUCAGAACCAACUUACAUCAAGGACAUCGAAUGGUCGCCAUGCAGCGUCACAUGCGGUGAGGGCAUCAGGCGACGCUCGUAUAGAUGUAAGAUUUUCUUGGAGUUUUCACGCACAUUGGCCACCAUAAAUGAUACCAUGUGUGAGGGCGUAAAGCCACACGAUGAGGUGGAACGUUGUGUGGAGGAGCCGUGUAUGCUGCCAUCACAUGGCUAUGAUGAUCAGUAUCCAAGAGAUUCAAUAAAAGUUGGCGUCUCCGAGCCAGGCAAAACAUAUGUGUGGCGUGAACAGGGUUACACCUCGUGUAGUGCCAGUUGCUUGGGUGGUGUGGAGGAGCUGAUAAUAAAUUGUGUGCGAGAAGAUAAUGGACGAGUUGUUUCGCCAUUCCUGUGUGCUCCCGAGACGAAACCAGAAGCCAGGGUAAGGACAUGCAAUGAUAGGCCGUGUCCUCCGCGAUGGAAUUACUCAGACUACACACCCUGUUCCAAAUCUUGUGGUAUUGGCAUCAAAACACGUGAAGUCCAGUGCAUUCAUGAGGUGACAAGGGGUGGUGAAAAUACCAUGGUGGUACCGAACAGCAUGUGCCCCCAGCCGCCACCAGCAGACCGACAGUAUUGCAAUGUGUUGGAUUGUCCAGUACGCUGGGAGGUGGGCGAGUGGUCGAAAUGCUCCCACACCUGCGGUUAUGGUUACAAGGAACGCAAAGUGGAGUGUAAACAGAUUAUGGCCCAGGAACAUAAAAUCGAAAGACCCGAGUCCAUGUGUCCCAGUGCCAAGCCACCAGAUAAGAAGCCUUGCAAUGUAAAACCAUGCCCACCGGAAGAUCCCAAGCCAAUAAUUCAAAUCAGCAAUACCACCCACAUACAACACGAUCCAAAGAAAUCAAAAAUCACCCUGAAAGUGGGAGGAGCAGGUGUGGUCUUCUUUGGCACCCAGGUUAAAAUUAAAUGUCCCGUCAAGCGUUACAACCGUACAAAAAUAAAGUGGAACAAGGAUCACAAACCAUUGGUAAAAUCAAGGAAAUUCAAAGUCUCCAAAAAGGGGGCUUUGCGUAUACUGGAUAUAACAUUCCGUGAUGCGGGGGUGUAUUCCUGUCAUGCUGGUCUUAGUAGUGCAGAAAUAACAAUUGAUGUCAAGGCCAAGCCAGGCCAAAGGCCGGAGGAUUUGGAGAGGCAUGAAUCAGAUCGCCUGGUGCGUGAGAAGAGUGGUACGGAGCCUUUGACGGCGGCCGAUAUGACGGCUGCGGAAAAUAACACCCAGACCACACGUCGCAAACAGCAACAGAAUGCCAGAGAACGCAAUCGUCGUCCCAAAUCGGAUGGCAUACAACAGCAUGCGGACAGCAGUAUUAUGGGCGAUGAGCAUUCACAUUUAGUCCAACAGGCCCAGGAUGGUUUGCCUCAACCGAGUGCCAGCAGUGGUAGCAGUCGUCGCACCAAUGCCUUGUUGGCCAUGCCAUAUUUCCAGGCUUUACUAAGUAAUCUACAGUAUUUUUGGUCAACAUUCCAGAAAUUUGGCAAUUCUCGUGGCCAUCACAUGCUGUCGGAUAGAGGCCUGCAAUAUGGCUUGGAUGUCGAUCAGGAGGAUGAGCCAUUGAAAAUAGUAUCGCACAUUACAACCAAAGACUUGCAAACUCCGCUAAACGCUAACAAGGCUUACACAAAACCAGGCAACCGAAACAAUGGCAACGAAGUUGGGGCGCAUGAUGAUGGGGAUGGCGAUGAUGACGACGAUGCCAGUGUUGAUGGUGUUGACAAUGUUGAUGAUAUGGUUGACCAGACGGCGGAUACAGCGACAAAUGCCACCGAUAACGAGAGACAAUCAACUUUACAUUUACCCCAUGCCAGAUGGCCGAAUCAUUGGUCAGAUAUACCACCGUCACACAUGACUUCCACCAAUACAGUCACGUACAAAUGGCUAACAAGCCCAUGGACGCCAUGUUCACAGAAAUGUGGAGCUGCUGGUUCCGGAUUGAGACGACGCACCAUUACCUGUAUACGUAUCCAUUUAACCAACAUCCCCAACCUCCACAAUGGCGAAGAGGACAACGAAAAUCUGCUCGGUAUGGAGGCAACCACAGAAGAGACCAACGAACCGCUGGAGCAAGAAGAAGAAGUUGUGGACAAUGCAUUCUGUGAAGAUUAUGGCCUGGACAUACCCGAUACCUUUGAGACAUGCGGUAGCGAGGAGUGCCCCCGUUGGACCAAGGGAGAAUGGUCGCUGUGUCAUCAGUCACGUUGCUUUGGCCGCAACACAGCCAUCCAGCGACGUGAAGUCUCGUGUCGUUUUGCCAAUGAUACCGUAUCUCGUCUAUGUCCGGAAUUCGAAAAGCCCAUCAGUCGCCAGGAGUGCUACAAUGAGCGUUGUAAGGGUGUGUGGCGUGUGGAGCCCUGGUCGGAGUGCAAUGCUCCUUGUGGCCGCCAGGGCAUCAAAUAUCGCAUACUGCAGUGUGUUUGGUAUGGCACACGGAGACCAGCGGGCAAUGCUUGCAAACAUCAAAACCGACCUGCAGUAAUGAAAGUCUGCAAAAGUCCACCCUGCUAUGCAAAAGCCAUUGAGCGAUGUAAAGAUACUUCACGCUAUUGCCGCAAUGUACGCUCUAUGGGAUUGUGUCGCUUGCAACGCUACCAGGAGAAAUGCUGCAAGUCCUGCAAAUACAAUAGCAUUCCAAAUUAGCAUUUACUGUUUAACAAUAAUCUACACCUGCCAUAUAAUUUGUAUUUCCACCACCAUCUGCAGCAGCAUCGGCAUCGGCAGCUUCCUAUACUUCGUUAUCAUGGUCAUCAAUCUCCACCUUCGGAACUCACAGAUUCAGGCACAAUUUAUGGUGAACCAAGGUAUGUAACAACUACGUUAUGGUCCGACCAAGUCAUCACAUAACCAACACUUCUUGGCUAAAACGCUGGAGGACGACAUGUGAGUCCAGAUGCAGGAAAUGUCUGUCACUCGCACACACAAAACAAGCAAUUAUAGUUAAUGAAAUAAGAAAAACCAAAAAACAAAUGUUUAAAUUAUACAACAGUUUAUUAUAAUUUUUGAUAAUAUUUUUAAAACAAAAAAAAAUAACAACAAACUUAUAACAAAUUAAGCAAAAUUAAAAAAAAAAACAAUUAAAUAGAAAACAAAACAGACGGAACAAAUUUCCUACAAAACAAAGCAGAAAAAAACUCAAUAUUUAAGAUGACAACAUUAAUUGUUACAAAUUAAGGCUUAAUAUACAUACACAGAUAAAUACAUACGAAAAAUGCAAAAACAAAACGAAAUCUAGCAUACAUACAUAUAAUUAACCUCUAUCACUAUACUAAGAUUUCAAAAAUCGCCGCCCUUUCGUUUCGUCAAGAAGAAAAAAAAAAACACACACACAAAUUAAUUAGGUGUCUCCUUACCCCGAAAAAAACAAAUGAUUGCCUUUGGCUUCUGCAGUAAAAAAAAACGUGAAAUGAACAAAAGUAACACAACAAAGACAAAAUUACGAGAAAAUCAUAAUGUCAAAUUAUUAAGCUUUAUGUUUAUAUAUACACAUAUAUUAUCCUAAUAAUGUAUUCGUUUUAUACAAACAAAACAUUAAUCCUCGAUUAUUAUUUUUAGUUUUAGAUCUUAAAUUAAUAUUUUUGUGGGAGCGCAGAUGUUGUUUGUUGAAUGAUAUUUAAAUUUACGAUAAAAAAAAAAUUUUAAAAAAAUUAUUGAUAUAUGGGAAGGAUUAGAAACUAUAUCUCUAAAAAAUGUAUUUAAAAAAUUAUUUUUAAAAAUAUGUAAUUUCAAUGUAAAUCUCAGUAAUAUUAUUAAUUUUACAAUUUAUUAAAUCCUGUAAAAAUUGUACUGAUAAAUAUAUAAAUUUAUUUUUUCCAUAGGUAAUAACCCGACAAUUUUCCAAACCUAACGAUAAUUUCUUGAUGUAGACCUUAAAUUUGUAUUCUUUGGAUAGAAGGCCUUCAAUGUAGAAAGAAAAUUUUAUAAAGAUAGAAUUUUUUCUAAAAAUUUAUGCAUGCUUUCGAAUAUUCUUUAUACAGGCUUGCCCAUACUGAGAACGGCGUUUUUGGGAUGUUCUUGGGGACCUCUCAACACUGGCUCGUACGGCAGCGAUAUUCUCGGCCGAUCGCCUUGGUCGACUUUUAUAUGGGCUCUUCGGAUUAGAAAGAGCCUUACCAGUCGAAAAUUUUUCGUAUAAAUGCUUAAUGGUGUUCUUAGAAGGCCACUUCUCACAUUUUUUAAUGUUUUAAAAGCACGAUAAGUUUUUGUAAAUUUCAACUAUUUCAGAGCGCUUGCGUGUCGUGUAUUGGUUCAUGAUAAAAAUCUGCUUGAACUGACGCUUCAAACGCGGUAUGUCAUUAAGCGAUGUGACAUCUCUGUCAAAAGUUAUGGCGUUGCCAGAUGGGUCCGUCGAAUAUGGGCAACCCUGUAAUUCUACAAUUUUCCCAAAAUUACUUUCAAUUUUACAACUUUCGAUAUAUUUUCUUUCCUGUUAUUCCUUCAAAUAUAUUCCAUACAAUCCAUGAUUAACUCUCUUAAAAAAGAAUCCCUAAAAUCUGUAAACAAAUCCUCGAAAAAUAUUCAUAAAUCCUAUGUUUAAAGCAUUGAUGGGGUUUCCACAAAAAUGGUAGCUCUGGCACAUCUGUAUUCUUAAAAACUCAAAACUUAUCCCAGUCUUACAAUCAGACCUCCAAAAAGUAGUUAUGGGUGUAUAAACAAGUGGAAAAUCCAUUUUACGAAUUCGCUCGAAUAGGGGCGAGCCUACUUUGUCAUUUUAGAGUGAGAGCAAAAUUCCUCUAAAAACGACCAGAUUCAACUCUAGCCGAGCAUUUUUUUUAGUUUUUGUCAUACUGUUGCUGUAUUUUCUCAUAUCAUAGCUGUAAACGAAACAAAAUGAAAUAUUUUCAAAAUCCUUGUGGCUAAUUUAUACCAACAAAGCUUAUGAUGGCAUUAUUGCUUUCUUAAAAAAAUCAACCGGUACCUUGCUUCUACUGUUCUACGAUUUUGUACACAAUCUCUCCCACAGUUCACAGCCACAUCAAAUAAGCAAACAAACUAUUUUCCACUCGAUUUCACACUUAGAGCAAUCUUUCACUCAAUUUCGAGCGAUUCUGCUCCCUUUCAAACUGGAGUGACUCGAGAGCUGUCCCACACAAAACAAAAGGGUGAAUAAUAAACUCCGUAUAAAUCUCCCAUUCAUCGAGCAAUCCCGUUCACGAGCAGGUCUCCGGAGUAAAAUCCGGAGAACUUGUGAUCUGCUUACAAUAAAAUUAGAUUUUUCACAGACAACCGUCAGAUAUCGUUAAUAAAAAUAUUCAUUGACCUUUCGAAAAAAAAUCUAAUAAACCCAGCUUUGAUAAGUCCUUAUAUUUUUUAGAAAUCCUAAAUUAUACUGUGCGACUAUUUCAGGUUAUGGUCUGGGGGGAUGGGAAAUUCCAUGUGGAGGUGAUAGUAUUAGGUUAGUACAUCAAAAUCCCAAAAGGGUUUUGGAUUCCCAGACCAAAACCUUUUUUUUUUUUGGGCUCAUUAUAUGUUGCCUUAACCAUACACGAAGGGCCUCACAUAUAUUUUGCUCUAUACUUCGCAAAUUGAAGAUAGAGCAGGCCUUUGAGUCAAAUGUAGAAUAAUUUGUACAAAAUUUGGGUCAUGUCGGUUUACAUUUUAAUUUAGCCCCCUAUAUAACGAUAUACCCAGAUUUCAGGUACUUUUUUUUACAAAUUUUGUUAAUUUUAGUUCUUAGAAAGAAACAAUUCUUGGAAAAAAAUUAUCAAGAUAGGCUCAACUAGUGGUUUAACUCUCAUAUAAAAGUAUCUUCUGAUUUCAGGUAUUUGCGGGGACUUGGCUACAUGAAUUUGGAUCCUAUUUUUCCUCUUGGUUUUGGUUUGGGGUUACAAACGUCCUUCGCUGAAAAUGUACAAUGUACCAAGGGUCUGAACACAUUUUCCAUUUGAUUUGGCUAAAAAAUUGUGUAUGUAGGAUGCUAUAUGUGUAAAUAACAAUCUUAAAGAAAAAUGUCAACAUAUUAUAUAUAGACCCACAUAACAGUACCUCCUAGAUCAAUUUAUUCCCAAAAUUGUAUUUUUUUAAAACUUACAACUAGAGUAUAGACAAAUUCUUGAACAACAAAAACUUUAAUUUUUUUUCUGGAGAAAUUAUAUGUCGACUCUCAUUUUUGUAAGUUCACGACUUGAGAUAUAUUCAUUAAAAUAGUUAUUGUGUCCUUGCUGGUUAAAAAAAAUGCUGGAAAAUCUUCAAAUUUACGAAAAAAUUUUAUUUAAGACCCAUUUAACAACCAUAAUUCAAAUCUCCUAAAACUGUGGAUUUUAAAUUUUUUAAAAAAAAAUUCAGUGUUCGCAAGAGCACUUCAAUCUGAUAAAUAAAUUAGGUCAUAUUGAACCCAACUUUUCGUCACUUAAGUGCUCGCAAGAGCACUUCAAAUCUGAAUAAAUUCGGUAUUAUUGCACCUAACUAAAAAAAAACUUUUGACUUUUAAAAUAAAUUUCGAAAAAAGCCAACACAGUUUUUGUCACUUGCUUUAAAUUUAUUCAAUGACUAUUCAUUGUCCUUGCGGCCAAAGUUCAUGCUAUUUUAAUUGCCUUAAAUUAUUCAUAGACUUUGUUCUCUAGAAAUUUUAAUGAAUGCAAAAUUUCACCGAAUUUGGCCUUUUUUAAAAAUCCCAAUGUCAUUCAACAAAAAACAUUUUUCCUCCAUAAAAUAUAUAAUAAUAGAAAAAUUAAAUAUUAAAGAAAAAUAUUGAAUAAUGUUAUAUAAAUAAUUUGUAGUUAAAUGCCUAUAAGCACUGUUAACAUAAUAACAAAAAAAAAAUAAACAAAAACUAAUAAUUUGUAAAUACAAUGAAAUUCAUACGUACAUAAGUUAAAUAAACACAUAAAUGAUAUAAGAAAAAAUUAUUAUAAAUUAAUAAAAAAAACAAGCAACAAAUGAAACGAUUAAAGUAAAUGCAAUGCCAAAACAAUUCAUACCAAAUGAAUAACUACGAAAACAAAGGAACAACCGAUUACCGAAUACUCGUAUAUUAAUGCCACCAAAAGCAGCUAAAAAGAAAUGAAAUAAAAAAAUAUUAGAAAUAAAAUAAAAAAAUAUUCAACAAAACACAAUAAUAAUAACAACAACAAAGACUAAACAUAACUUUCUUUUUCAAUUAUUCAGCUGCCAUUUGUGAAACGAAAAAAAUUGCUUUUGUCCUAAAAAAAAAAUAAAAAAUUGAAUACUUCCCUAUGCUCUUCUUUUUGUUUGAAAUAUGUACCUGUUUAAUCAUUGAUAUAUAAAAAAGAAAA